GUGCUCAGUGCCUGGCAACAUCUGUCCUCUCGAGGUUAGGGUUCUUUAGAGAGCUUUUUUAUUCUAUCGAACGAUCCUUUGGAUCUUGUUAUGAGAGUUAAUUAAUUUGAACAUUAACAUGUUUUAGAAACUCUGCGUUUUUCUAUUUGUCAUAAACCUUUUUGAAAAUUUAAUCAAACUUAUAGCUAGGGCUUUCGAUCGUAUUAUUUGGUAGAUCGAUCGUCGCCAUUUAAACGUAUAUAAAUAUCUUUCUCUGUUUUUUCCUUGAUUUAUCCUUCCAAAUCUUCGUAAACUUUACCCUUAAAAAAACUUAAAAAUAUUUUAAGUUAUAUCAAUGGAAACAAUAGCAGUUCAACGUCCACCGGGUAAACAGGUUUCGGGUUUGAGACCAUUCAAGAACCCUAAAAGAAGGAGUUCUCGUGGUUCUCUUUCAAGAUCCGGAGGAAGUUUGGCUCUUCCGAAUAAGCCAACGUCGUCUUGGGGAUCUUCUCCGGCAUAUCCGCCGCCGCCAAGUUACUCUCAGCCUCCUCUUCUCCCUCUGCCACGCGUCAACAGCUCAAGUCUUCCUCUGCAACGCGUCAACAGCUCUCGACCACGUGUCAACAACAAUUCUUCUCUCAAUUGCGUCGCUCAGACGAAAGUAAAUUCUGACACACACAAGAAAUCAGACUUCGUUGAAUCGGUUCCAAUACUGACUCGAACUGGUUCAGUUCCGGUCCGGUCUAACAACCUGCAUGAUUUUCCUAAAGGAUUUGAUGGUUACCCAGGUCCAGCGAUCAUGUUAUUAUCUCCACCGCCGAGUAGUUUGCCCAUGCCUAGGUUUUCUAUCAAACCGAAGCUUCAUUGCAACGUAGAAGCUAAUGGCAAAAAUGACGUUCCCGCCGAUAACAUCCGGCGAGUUUUACAGCUCCGGUGAAAAGGUGGUACGUGCUACGUAACGUUUGAUAUGUUUCAAAUAAAAUAAGCCUAUGGGCUUUUUAAUACUUUAUUGGGCUUGGGUCUGUCUUGGUUUUUUUAAAUUGAUAGCACUCUUCUCUACUUUGUGUGAUUUGCUAAGCAAUGACUUUUUUUAAAAGGCUCUCUUGGCACAAAACUAGCCUGGCUGUAAUAGAUUUUCAUUUUUAUGUUCAUUCUUAAAAUAAAAAAAGUUCCUGAUGAUGACAUUGAAUAUCGAGUUUGUAACAUCAAUGUUGGUGAUGAUAUUGAAUA